AUGUCGACAAUGACAUUCACCCCCCAACUCUCUCUUCCUUUCACCCUCUACCCGUAGUUUCUUCAUUUUUCUUCUCCAAUUGAAUUUCUCAAUUUCCCAUCUUCGUUUUCUGUUUGGUUCUCGCGAAUCUCUAAUCAGGCAAGACAAAGGGUCGACCCGUUAAAUGAGUUGCUCUGAUAUGUGUUUCCCUUCAUCCUGGUUUUGGACAUCAAAUAAAGUCUGAGGUUUCUGUUACUUCUGCUUCUACUUCACCAUUUAUUUUCGCAGAAUCUUGUGGAUUUCCAGAAGGUUUGGGAAUUUAAUUUUAUUAAGUUAAAAUGUCAUCUCCAAGCAAGAGGAGAGAGAUGGAUGUCAUGAAGUUGAUGAUGAGUGACUAUAAUGUGGAGACAAUAAACGAUGGGCUAAAUGAAUUCAAUGUGGAAUUCCAUGGUCCAAAAGAAAGCCUUUAUGAAGGCGGGGUUUGGAAAAUCCGCGUUGAGCUUCCCGAUGCGUAUCCAUAUAAAUCUCCUUCUAUUGGCUUCAUCAACAAGAUUUUCCACCCUAAUGUUGAUGAGCUAUCUGGUUCUGUGUGCUUAGAUGUAAUUAACCAAUCAUGGAGUCCAAUGUUCGACCUUUUAAAUGUUUUUGAAGUUUUCCUUCCACAACUGUUGCUCUAUCCAAAUCCUUCAGAUCCGCUCAAUGGCGAUGCAGCAUCGUUGAUGAUGAAGGACCGAAAACUCUACGAUCAGAAGGUGAAAGAGUACUGCGAGCGAUAUGCAAAGAAGGAGCAUAUUACCAAUUCAACUCCAGAUGAGGAGAGUGGUGAUGAAAACAUUAGUGAUGAGGAAAGUGAUUCAAGCGACGAUGAUAUUGCCGGACAUGCAGACCCAUAGAGUGAACUGAUGGUGCAGGGGGGGGGGGGGGGG